UUGAGAUCGGUGGAAGUUUUUCAAACUUGUUUUUCUUGUUGUUUGGCGCGUAACAUGUCUGUCCAGUCGUUAGAAUGGACCACAAAGACCAUAAUCGAGACGAACUCGGAACAGCUGACACAACUGAUCACUUUUUGAAGAUUUUUUCAGAUAUAGAAUGGGAAUCGUUCGAGUCUGAGGAGGACUACGACUUCGACGAAAUUCACGAAUUAUCUUCAAUCCCAGAAACCCCCGCUGAUCAUCUGGACGGAGGUGCCCAACCACACCCUCCAACAACUCCAGGUAGCAUUAUUGGUAAUCCAAAAUCAUUCCAGACCAUUUUUGAAAAGCCAGUCCAAUUUGAAGAUCUUCGUGACAACUGCUGGAUUCCCGAAGAACCAAUUGUAGUGCAAAUAAUAAACCAUGAACAACAAGGAACGAAAGUGAACCCCUAUUUAUAUACGAUAUCAGUGAAGCAUGGUGAUUUUCGAUGGACCGUACAAAGGCGUUAUAAACAUUUUCGACAGCUGCACGAUGCACUUGUGCUGUUCAGAACACGAUAUAGGAUUCCGUUUCCAUGGAAAGGAUACCAAGAGAGACGUCAACGUAUUUGGCGUGAUUGUCAGGAUUGGGAAGACCGAGUCAACAAGGAGAGAAAUAACGCACGGUUCCCUCUGCGACCUGAAGCUCUCGUUGGCGAACAAAAUAUUCUGCAACGACAGAACCGGUUGGAGUUGUACCUUCAAUAUGUUGUCCGAUACAAGUCUUUCAGGAGCCACUUAGCAACGCUGCGGUUUUUUGAGGUUUGCCACCUGUCAUUUGUCCACAAUCUAGGAAAGAAAGGAAAAGAAGGAUUCGUUAAGAAAUGUUCUGGGGGUCGGAGGAUUAACAUCGGUUGUUGCGGCUGUAUGUCGUUGUCUAACCUGGGAGGCACGUGGAACAGAAGGUGGCUGCUUGUGAAAGACACGUUCCUGGCCUACAUUCGACCAGAAGACGGCAUCGUCAGUGACGUCAUGCUGAUGGAUUCCAACUUUCAUGUAGACUUUGGGAUAGCCGCGACAGGGGUCAUUCAUGGGGUCCUCAUUUCAAACCUUAGCAGGAAGUUGCUGAUUAAAUGCUUGACAUCACGUACAGCUCGUGAAUGGGCCCAGUGUUUGAUUGACAGAUCUAAAACUACCGCGAAAGACUUCACUCAGAAAAACAGAUUCCUCUCAUAUGCCCCAGAGAGAGAAAACUCUCAUGCAAGAUGGUUUGUCGAUGGUUCUUCGUACUUUGAAGCUGUAGCCGACGCUCUGGAGAAUGCUAAAGAAGAAAUAUACAUCUCAGACUGGUGGCUGAGUCCCGAGAUUUACCUGAAGCGUCCGAUGACCGAGGGCGACAGAUGGAGACUGGAUCUGAUUCUACAGAGGAAAGCCGAUGCGGGAGUGAAGAUUUUUAUUUUGUUGUACAAGGAGUUUCCGCUGGCUCUUGGCCUCAACAGUAUUUAUAGCAAGCAGACUCUGGUGUCCAAACACCCAGAAAACAUCAAGGUGCUGCGUCACCCGGAUCACGCAACCAGUGGAGUGUUACUGUGGACGCAUCAUGAGAAGGUGGUCGUCAUAGACCAGAAGGUGGCUUUCCUCGGGGGAUUCGAUCUUUGUUAUGGUAGAUGGGACAAUGACCAACACAGACUCGUUGACCUUGGAUCUAUAGUACUGAAAUCUUUAACUUCUCAGCCAAAAUCGACAGGAAUCAUGAUGCAAACACACAACACAGAGUCAACAUACAUUACAGAGCUUACUGGUGACCUACAUUCUUCUGUCAGGCCACCCACUCCCCUGGAAACCAGCAGCGAUAACCAACUGACACUGGGUUCAUAUGAAGUGCACGUCCAUGACAGUAAUAUAGACAGGGUUUCCGAGAUCACCACUCCAUCCUCUAGCAGCACUAACUCGGGCGUGAAAUCCAAAGAGAGACAGUCAGUACAGGGAUCCUCGGUCGGUGUUAACUCAGGCGUGAAAUCUGAAGAGAGACAGUCAGUACAGGGAUCCUCUGGCAGCACUAACUCGGGCGUGAAAUCUGAAGAGAGACAGUCAGUACAGGGAUCCUCUGGCAGCACUAACUCGGGCGUGAAAACCGAAGAGAGACGGUCAGUACAGGGAUCCUCAGUCGGUGGUAACUCGGGCGUGAAAUCCGAAGAGAGACAGUCAGUACAGGGAUCCUCGGUCAGUGGUAACUCGGGCGUGAAAACCGAAGAGAGACAGUCAGUACAGGGAUCCUCGGUCAGUGGUAACUCGGGCGUGAAAACCGAAGAGAGACAGUCAGUACAGGGAUCCUCAGUCGGUGGUAACUCGGGCGUGAAAUCCGAAGAGAGACAGUCAGUACAGGGAUCCUCUGGCAGCACUAACUCGGGCGUGAAAUCCGAAGAGAGACAGUCAGUACAGGGAUCCUCGGUCAGUGGUGACUCGGACGUGAAAUCCGAAGAGAGACAGUCAGUACAGGUAUCCUCGGUCGGUGGUAACUCGGGCGUGAAAUCCGAAGAGAGACAGUCAAUACAGGGAUCCUCGGUCGGUGGUAACUCGGGCGUGAAAUCCGAAGAGGGACAGUCAGUACAGAAAUCCUCGGUCGGUGGUCACUUGGGCGUCAAAUCUGAAGAGAGACAGUCAGUACAGGGAUCCUCGGGCGUGAAAUCUGAAGAUAAACGAUCGGUACAGGAGGUUGAACACGCCGAGGAUUCUACAGCAGGGCAGCAGUUUGGUGCUUCAUCUGACUUUGUUCAAAAAUCUGGAUCUAAAUACACUGGAUCUAGUGUGAAAAUUGUUGUGGACAGUGUGGAUCAUGCUUCGUAUGACACGCCUAGCUCAGAACAUACUCAGCUUGGUAAUGGUGGGAGCAACAAAAAAGAUCUGAAGAGAAUUACUUAUGGAAAAGACAACAACCACAAAUAUGAGCAUGAAGAACAUCGUGAGGCGGCGAACCGUGUUAGACGGGGGAUGAGGAUGGUGCUAGUCGUGAAGACGUUUGAGUCGGUCGUGCGAGAGCCACAGACCCCGGAGAACAUCAGCAAACAGCUCAUGUUCGGGGCUCAGAGGCCAACACAUAAGUUAGGAAUUUUGGCUGGUAGAUGGCAGAGGCACAGAAAGAAAGCAUCAAGCCUGAAGGGUCUUAUGCUACACAGAACAAAGAGUGAAGAGGACAUAAUGAAGUGUGGCUUAGAUCACUCCACCCAACUGUGGAUCGGAAAAGACUACGUGAACUUCAUCUACAAGGACUUUGUUGAUCUCCAUUCUCCAUUUUCUGAUUUUAUUGACCGAUCACAAUACCCUCGUAUGCCAUGGCAUGACAUCGGAACGGUGGUUUAUGGGAAGGCAGCCAGUGAUGUGGCUCGCCACUUCAUAGCUCGCUGGAACUUCACAAAGCUUGAAAAGUGCAAGAAAAAUACACGGUACCCACUGUUGAUGCCGAAGAAUCAUGUUUUCUGCACCGUCCCGCAAGCCACAACGAACCUGUUUAAAGUCAAGGCACAGAUUCUUAGAAGCAGUGGCAGUUGGUCGGCUGGUAUCGGAACGACAGAGUCUUCCAUCCACGAGGCGUACAUCCACUGUAUUGAGAGAGCCAAGCACUACGUCUACAUCGAAAACCAGUUCUUUAUCACCCAGAUCGGAGCAAACACCAGCGUCAACAAUAAAAUCGGAGAAGCUCUCUUCAAUCGAAUCUUAUAUUCUCACAAAAAAGGAGAGCUAUUUAGAGUGUAUGUGGUGAUGCCUUUAUUGCCGGCGUUUGAGGGAGAAUUCGGCACGGCGACGGGCACUGCCCUCUCUGCGGUCACUCACUGGAACUAUGCCUCCAUCUGCAGGGGAGGCAACUCUCUCAUUGAAAGAUUGGCCCAAGAAGUGCCUGACCCUAUGAAAUACGUGAUAUUCUGUGGACUACGAACUCAUUCAGAACUUGCUGGAAAACCGGUCACUGAGUUGAUCUAUGUUCACAGCAAGAUGAUGAUCGUGGAUGAUGACUCGGUGAUCAUCGGCUCGGCUAACAUUAACGACCGCAGUUUGCUGGGCAAGCGAGACAGUGAAAUUGCCAUCCUUGUCGAAGACCGGCCUGACAACAAGUUUCUAGUAAGGUUCAACGGGAGAGUUCACAUGGCGGGAAAAUUCGCUUCUUCUCUCAGGCAAACCAUUUUCAGGGAACACCUUGGAUUUCGGGAUGAUCAUGUCAAUAUAACUGACAUCGUGUGUGAUGAUUUCUACAAAGACGUGUGGAUCAAACAGGCAACAACCAACACCACAAUGUUUGACAAAGUUUUCCACUGUAUUCCGUGUGACUGCGUACACAAGUACUCUGAUCUCAAGCAGUACCAAACCGAGAACGCUCUGGUCGAUACAGACAUGAGGCAGGCUCGGGAAUGCCUCAGCAAGAUCGUCGGUAACAUCGUGUUGCUGCCUCUUCAUUUUUUGAAGGACGAAAAUCUAGCUCCAAAACUUGGUGCAAAAGAAGCAAUGUUACCAUCAUACAUAUGGACAUGACAUAUUUGAUGCAGAUGUAAUAUAAACAUCUUUUGUCGGCCAUACUUUGCCACCACUUUAACUGACUGUUUAAUAAUAGUCAUACUGGCAGUUUAGAAAAAAAAUAUUUGAUGAAGAAAUUUGGCAAGCAAAAGAUAAUUUUAUGUGAAAUGUCAUGGCUAUAGCUUCACUUCUAGUACUGGAGAUCUGCAGGGCAGAAUAGAGAGUGGGAUUUAGCACCUUGCUCACGAAAAGUUAAAGUCUAGACUGAAAGCUUCAGCAAAGCCUGUAAACACUAACAUCAUGGCAACGUCAUAGAAACUGCAUUACUAAAAUUUGUAUUUUAAGAGUUUUUAUCAGUAUGGGCCCUGACUCUUGCAUACAAGACUGUGCAGCCAAACGGCUAAAACAGUGGCUAUAGAUUUAUAUGUGCACUAUAUAAGAUGUGUAAAGGGAAAGUGAUUUUCAAAUUGGCCGUUUGGUGAAUUAAAUUUACCAAAUUUAACUUCACAGUUUAGCAAACGACAGCUUAAACUGUCUAUGUAACAUUUAUAAUAAUGAAUAACAAAGCCAUGCCUAAAUUGUUGUAAUAAACACAAUAACAAAGGCAUGUCUAAAUUGUUGUAAUAAACAUAAUAACAAUUAAAGCCAUGCUUAAAUUGUUGUAAUAAACACAAUAACAAAGCCAUGCCUAAAUUGUUGUAAUAAACACAAUAACAAAGGUAUGUCUAAAUUGUUGUAAUAUUAAACACAAUAACAAAGCCAUGCCUAAAUUGUUGUAAUAAACACAAUAACAAAGGUAUGUCUAAAUUGUUGUAAUAUUAAACACAAUAACAAAGCCAUGCCUAAAUUGUUGUAAUAAACACAAUAACAAAGGCAUGUCUAAAUUGUUGUAAUAUUAAACACAAUAACAAAGCCAUGCCUAAAUUGUUGUAAUAAACACAAUAACAAAGCCAUGCCUAAAUUGUUGUAAUAAACACAAUAACAAAGGUAUGUCUAAAUUGUUGUAAUAUUAAACAUAAUAACAAAGCCAUGCUUAAAUUGUUGUAAUAAACACAAUAACAAAGCCAUGCCUAAAUUGUUGUAAUAAACACAAUAACAAAGCCAUGCCUAAAUUGUUGUAAUAAACACAAUAACAAAGCCAAUGCCAAAAUUGUUGUAAUAAACACAAUAAUGAAGACAUGCCUAAAAUGUUGUAAUAAACACAAUAACAAAGGCAUGUCUAAAUUGUUGUAAUAUUAAACACAAUAACAAAGCCAUGCCUAAAUUGUUGUAAUAAACACAAUAACAAAUUAAGGUAUGUCUAAAUUGUUGUAAUAUUAAACAUAAUAACAAAGCCAUGCCUAAAUUGUUGUAAUAAACACAAUAACAAAGCCAUGCCUAAAUUGUUGUAAUAAACACAAUAACAAAGGUAUGUCUAAAUUGUUGUAAUAUUAAACAUAAUAACAAAGCCAUGCUUAAAUUGUUGUAAUAAACACAAUAACAAAGCCAUGCCUAAAUUGUUGUAAUAAACACAAUAACAAAGCCAUGCCUAAAUUGUUGUAAUAAACACAAUAACAAAGCCAAUGCCAAAAUUGUUGUAAUAAACACAAUAACGAAGACAUGCCUAAAUUAUUGUAAUAAACACAAUAACAAAGUCAUGCCUAAAAUGUUGUAAUAAA